CCCGAGGUCGGCCGCAGUCGCCUGGACGUUAGGAGGGAGGGAAACAUCGCAGGAAGUAUCCGAAACGGACCCUCGCUCGCUUCGUGCCCCCUCCUCCCCCCGCCCCCACCCCCCCCCCCACUCCCCCCACCACCAACAACAAGGCUCCCUUUCGUGGGCACCGAUGGAGCCGGAGAAGACAAGUUCCGAAGCUCCUCCACGCACCGCUUCACUUCCAGGUGAUGGCUCGGCAGAACUCGAAGCAGAGUGUGAGAGCUCCAGCGAAGCAAUGCCUGUUGACCAAGAGACGGUGGAAAAAUUGACAGAGGGGUUGAUCUCCCACUACCUCCCUGACCUACAGCGAUCCAAAAGCUCCCUCCAGGAACUGACACAGAACCAGUUGGUGCUGUUGGACACCUUGGAACAAGAGAUCUGCAAAUUCCAGGAGUGCCAUUUAGUGCUGGAUAUCAAUGCACUUUUCGCAGAAGCUAAAUUCUACCACAACAAACUGGUUAACAUUCGCAAGGAGAUGAUCACCCUGCACGAAAAGACAACCAAACUGAAGAGACGAGCCCUGAAACUUCAGCAGCAGAGACAGAAGGAGGAGUUAGAGCGAGAGCAGCAGCGAGAGAGAGACCUGGAGCGCGAGAGGCAGCUGAUCGCCAAACCGGCCAAACGCUCGUAGCGGAGCGUACAUCAUUCAGAGCCGAGUGGAUCAGCACAAACCCCGCAAACAGCAACGUCUCCGGCUUACAGAGCAGCCGGGAACCCAGGGGUUCUGUUUGCCGCACAGGAAUCUAUGAACUAUAAAGAUCACUUUAUUUCAUAAUUUGAGCUACAAGCCAAGUGUGGUAAUGUAGACUCUGCUGUGAAGGAGGGGGAGGGUGGGAGUCUGGUUUGCAAUGAGAUUUCAACUGCAGCUUGUGAUUUCUUCUUUUAUAUAUACGUAUAGUAUAAAAAACACAGUAUUUUGUGCUCUUGAAAUGUUUUAAUGUGUAAAAGGAAAAGUGUGUUCUGUAUGGAUGGGGGGGCACAGGAACAACAUAAUGCAAAGUUAACUCCAGAUAAUAGAGACAGUUGGGCCCCCAACACAGGGUCCUAUGAAAGGGAAUUCCAGAGGUACAUUGGAACAGCAAUGCCCUGUGCUGUGGUGUGGGACACGGCUCUCGGUCUCAUUUGGAGCUGAGAGGUUCUGGGUUAGAGACUGGGAUUCCACCAUCAUUUCCUUCACAUGCAACCUCCUAGCAGUCAGGCCUCUGGAAGUUCACCUCGCUGGCAACUGUGGCUACACUUUUAUUUUUUUAUGGCAGUAAUUGCAUUGUUCCUUUGAUAUUCUCUCAGAAAUAUUUCGAUUUGGAUUUGAGCCAAAUUAGAACUCACUGGGCAAAUUCCUUACCGUGUUACAUUUUCCUUGGCCUUUACCAACACUUGGGUGAAGAUGUUGGAGGCGAAACAAAUAAAAUUUGAAUUUCUCAAACUGUU